AUGGCCUUCUGCUCUCUGCUGCUGCCUCUCCUGGUCGCGGCGGCCCCGUCCGCCGCCGACACCGUAGCCGUUGCGCUCUUCUGUGACACGGGCACACGCGAGGACUCUUUGCUUUAUCGGCCCGAUGUCGGGGGCGAUCACGUUCGGCGCGAGGAGUGCGACGCGGCGCGGGCGGCGAUCGACGCGAUCAACGACAAGAGCGACGGCGCGUUCGACAACCUGCUGCCGGACACGCAGCUCGUGCCCUAUCCCUUGUCCUACAACUCCUCGCGCUGCGGGCCAGGCGACCAGGAGAUGCGCACGGCGUGGGGGACGCUGCCGGUGCACCCCGUGGCGUCGAUCGGCCCGGGCAGCGAUGAGUGCGUCGAGCAGGCAGAGCUUUUCAUCCAUUUUUAUGCGAUCGGCUCGGGGUCAGUUGUCAUGUCGGAGGCGUCGACGGGGACGGACGUGUACUGUCAGAAUCUGGUCCGCCUCUCGAGCCCCGAAAAGGUGCGCAACGAGGCUCUCGCGGCCGUUGCGUCGCACUACGGCUGGGCCCGUGUUGCUAUCGUCUACGACUCCUCGGACGCGUGGGCGUCGGACGCCGCGAUACAGUUCGGCAAGGGCAUCGAGGCCGACGGCGGCACGAUUUUGGGAGACGCGUGCGUGAAGGAAGCGGGGACCGCGGCUGCGUGCACGGCAGGAGGCCGGCCGGGCGUCCGCUUCGAGGGUAUGAGCGCGGCCGUCGCCGACGGCGUGCUCGACGCGAUCGUGGCGACCGGCGCCCGGAUCAUCUACAUCGCCGCGCGCCCGGCGGACCAGCGCACGCUCUACGAGCGCAUCGCGCAGACCGGGAAGUGCAGCGGUGCCGGCUACGGGCUCCUGUCCGCGUGGCUCUCGGACGACCUUUUCCUGGGUAGCGACGGGACGGCGAGCGCCGACGCCGUCGCCGGCGCGCGGGGCCUACUCCUGCCGCGGGAGACGGUCGACACGACCGGAACGGUCGCCCAAACGUUUUUGGAUGCGCGCGCGGCCGGCCUCGACGCGACAGUCUGUGAAGGCGACCCGGUGGAAGGCCGCUACUGCGACGGAGACGGCGACGCCGCGACCCUGGGCGGCUACGGCCCGCAGAUUGUCGACGCCGUGUACACGCUGGCAAAGGCGCUCGAUACGAUGGAGGCCGCCGACCGCCAGGACCCCGAAGAGGUCUUUGACGCGAUCGAGGACCUGGGGGACUUCGAGGGCUUCUCGGGCACCGUGUCGCUCGACAAGUACGAGGACCGCGUCGGAUCCAUGACAAUCGUGAACCUGCAGCUGUCGCCCGCGGGCGAGCCCGUUUUCGUGGACGUCGGAAAGGUGCAGGGCGGGGCGUUCGCGCUCGACUCUGGCGCGGCGGUCAUCUUCCCGGGCGGCACGUCGGACGUCCCCGCCGACGGCGACACGUUUGACGUCUUCUCCAACAACGGGCUCCCGGUCGCCCCGAACGGCGCCCUCGCGGCGGGGCCGGGCCGCGCCCUGCCCGCGGCGCUCGGGCUCGCGCUCUCGUGGGCCUUCUCUCAAAUUCGCUACUAA